UGAAAGAUUUUUGUUUUCAAGAAGAAAUUCAUGCUGUUCUAAUGGGAGAGAAGUUAAACUUUGAUUUACAAGCAAUCAAAGAUGAUUUGAUUGUUGGUAUAAGUGAAUGUAAUAAACGGGGGCUCAUUCAUUCAGGAAAAUGGCUUGCUGAGUUAAAUCGAGGUUUAAAAAUUCCCAACUAUAAACUUGCAGUACCUCCAAUUGAUACUGGAAUAUCAGAAGUUGAAUUUGAUGAUUAUUGUCUUGCAAAAUCUUAUUUUGACUGUAAAGAAUAUGAUCGAGCUGCUUACUUCACUCGAUUGUGUACAUCACCAGUUCCAAAAUUUCUUAAUCUUUAUUCCAUGUACAUGGCAAAAGAAAAAAAACGUUUGGAUAAUUCACCAGACAAUACAACACUUUCGGGUAAUGCUCAUUUAAAAGAUCUCAGUGAUUUGAUGAAGUUGUUGAAUGAAGAAUACGACAGAAAGAAACUCGACGGUUACGGAAUGUAUCUUUAUGGAGUAGUUCUUAAGAAAUUAGAUCUAUCACAACUGGCAGUCACAGUGUUUCUAGAAAGUGUUCAUCUCGUCCCAUUUCUGUGGAGUGCGUGGAUCGAACUUGCUCCAUUAAUUCAAGAUGAACAAAAGACAGAAAUGGCACAUCUUGCACAUAAAGCUGUUGAGAUCAACAAAUAUCGUCCAGAAACUUGUUGUGUGAUUGGAAAUUAUUACAGCAUUCGUGGUGAACAUCAAAAAGCGAUUUUAUACUUUCAAAGAGCUUUAAAACUAAACCCAAAAUAUCUCUCAGCAUGGACUUUGAUGGGACAUGAAUUUAUGGAACUGAAGAAUACAAAUGCAGCAAUUCAAAGCUAUCGACAAGCAGUUGAAGUGAAUAGAAGAGAUUUCCGAGCUUGGUAUGGAUUAGGUCAAGCUUAUGAGAUCAUCAAAAUGCCAUUUUAUGGGCUUUACUACUACAAAACAGCAACACAACUUCGUCCAUAUGAUUCAAGAAUGCUUGUGGCCCUUGGAGAAACUUACGAGAAAGUUGGAAACAAUUCAAAUGCUGUCAAAUGUUAUCAGAAAGCUUGUAACGUUGGUGACAUUGAAGGAAAUGCAAUGUUGAAGCUUGGAAAUCUUUAUGAGAAGAUAAAAGAUCGUGAAAACGCUGUUUUAGCGUAUAAGAAUUUUGUACUAGACGAACGAAGUAAAUUAGAAAGAUCGGCACUGAUUAACGCUUAUCUUUAUCUCGCGAAUUAUUAUUUGGAUAUGAAGAAUUAUGAAGAUGCAACUUUUUACGCUCAUAAAAUUCUUGAAUUAGAUGAAACAAAACCAGAAGCGAAAUCAAUUUUGAAAGAGAUUGCCGAUGGACGAGGUAAACAGUUGGCGGUGACUCCUGUAGAUACUGUAAAUGAAGUUAAUAUGAAUAUAGCCAAUAUGGAGUGUAACAUGGAAUUGGAGACCGAUGGUGGAGCUUUAGAUGAAACUUCAGUAAUUCCAGAUGAUUUGGAUAUGUCACUAUGUUAA